CAUGUUGUUUUAUCUUUGUUGUCAUUUUACACGUGCAUAUCUGAUAACGUCGAUUGUUUUGAUAUUUUGAACUUUUUGAAGUGUUGACAUUUAUUUCUGUACAGUGAUGGUGAAAAUAGCGCUGAAAGUUUCUUUCCUGGCAGAAAACAUUAGCCGGCUGUCAGUCUGCGGACCAGAGUUCGACUGGAAUCUCAAGCUCAAGUGCACACAGUGCAAUGAAACAGACGAGAACUGGCACUCAAUCAACGAAAAUGAACAGAUCGAAGGAAAGAAAGGCCAUUCAACAUGCAAUUUUCAGAUGAAGUGCAAAUUCUGCUCAAACUUUGCCACCUUGGAUGUUAUCAAAGACUCAAUCAAACCAAUAGAUAUUGGUGAGAGUGGGAGUGUCAAGGAUGUAACCUUGGUAGCGUUCGACUGCAGGGGCGUUGAGCCUGUAGAUUUUGAUCCGCUGAACGGUUGGAUAGGAAAGAAUGACGAAUCAAAUUCAGUCUUUAAUGAUAUCGAUUUCACAGAAGAAUCAAAUGCCUGGGUUGGGUUCGAUGAAAAGACAAACAAUCCAGUCAGCAUAGAUGAAUUUUCGUCUAAAUUUUUCAGUUGUUUUCUCUUUAUCAUGGAAGGACAUCAUCUUGAACGAGAAGUUCGCAAAAUUAUUGCGAGAAUGAGUCAUCGAAGUCACCGGGCAAGUGGAUAUCGCAGAGGUCGUUGACGUGUCGUUUCUCAU